CAAAGACCUGCUGCUGUGUUUAACAAUAUUAAAAUUUCUAUACAAGUCAAAUUGAGGGUUCCUCUUUAUUUUCAAUAAUUAGCUCUGGAGAGCUUUUUGUAUAUCACUGGUUUUUGCUUCAUUGCUGGUUGAUUUCUGAUAUCGUCGCGUUUGGAAUCCUUUUCUUGUCGCUGUUUCACUACCUGUAUAGAAACAUUCUAGGUAGGAUUGAUUUUUGUAAAUUUCUCCUUGAGUUUUCAAGGCUCCGAUUAGGAUUCUUUCAUUCAACGAUUCGACUAAAUCUUUUUCCUUUGUGUUUCAGGAUACAAUGAGUAAUUGCUAGAAAGCUUACUUGUUUUGUUCUAUAUAUACUUAAUCGAUUUGCUUUUGAUUUUUGAUUUGAACUAACAUUUCGACUUGGAUCUGGAGUGAAAUUCAUUUUUUCCCCCCAAUUUUUAUUCAUAUUUUCCGUGUUUUGCGAAAGACGAUACUUGUUUUUAUUUCUUCAUUUUUGUUACUAUCGUUCUUUUGUAAUUCCUAGAUUUUUCCACGUCCUAACCUCUCUUUUCUACUUUGUGCAUUCAGUCCAUUUCCAUUGUAUACCCUGUGUGCCUCCGUGGAUUAUACCUUUUUUUUUUUGUUUUUGAAAACUAGACCAUUUUUGUUGUUCUUAUUCUGUUUCUACCUUGUUAUCCUUCAUUUUUACUGAUAUCCGUCCUUACUCAUUUUAUCCUUUUUCACUUGUUAUUCUUUUAAUCUUCUCUUUCCUUUCCUAUCCGGCCUACUUAUUUUCAUUGCUUUGUUUGAUUAAUUACACAAACCGUGGAAUUUGUGUAUUUUUUUCAAUCCCAAAUCAUUCUUUAUUUCAUUUUAUUGUACAGAGACUGUAUAUCCCAAGGAUUAAAGCAUUUGUCUUUAUAUAUUCCUCCCUUAGUUAAGGCGUUGAAAGAUAUAUUGAAAAGAUUCUUUUCUUUUUAUUUUAUUUUAUUUUUUUUUUAAUUAAUAUUACGACUACCACUUUUCUGUUUUCCUUUUAUUCACAUUUUGCGUUUCAUUCUUAAUAGAAAUUAGGGAAUGUCUUCUAUUCAGAGUUUCGAAACAACGGCGCUUUCCUCGAUGACUCCUUCAGGUUCUUGCACGGCAAUCUUGCCUAAGUCCCACCAAUCCACAAGCAAAUAUAUAAUACGUUCCUGCAAGCUGCCUGAUUACUAUAGGAACUCGGUUAAACAAAACAACGCUUUACUGAUAGAUUUGCGCCCUCUUUCGGACUUUUCAAAUAACCGAUUCAAAGGUUCCUGUAGUCUUACUCUUCCUGCCACCCUCAUAAAGCGUCCUGCUUUUUCUGCUUCUCGAAUUAUCAGCACGCUUUUCUACGCAGACGAAUCAUGCGAUCACACUGAAGAUUGGAAAGAGCUGUCUUGUAUCUUUGUUUGUCUUCCUGCUUGGAUUUCAAGCCAUAUCGCGAUUGCCGAGAUUAUUGGCGAAAAACUAAAGAAAGAUGGUUUUUUGGGUACAUUCGGCAUUUUGGAUUUGGAUUACAACCGUCUUGCCAAUGCUUUUCCUGAUUUGGUUGACAGAACUCCCGUCAAGAAUAAAAUGGGUGUCAACAGUGGAAUUAAAUCGAAAUUAAGCUUUUCAGUUCCUCAAACCGCUCCUAUUUCUUUGUCAAGCGAUGGUGGUGAUUAUUUCUCUAGUAUACCCCGACCCAAAGAAAGACCAAAUAUGUUGUCCUUAAACAACUUCUUUUGUCCCAUUCCCGAGAAAACUUCCAUCAAUGCACCUCUUCAAACGCCCUCCCUUCACAGUAUUCCGGAUGCAUUCUCAAAUCCCAAUGUUUCUAUUUUGUACCAAAAAUUCUUCAGUUUGGAGUUCCGUGAGCAACAACGAUUGGCUUCUUGUGCGGAUAAGGACUCUAAAUGGUGCACUGUUGAUUCUCUGUCGAACUUUACCUAUAAAAAAAAUAGGUAUUCUGAUAUUGUGCCAUAUAAUUUAACUCGUGUUCACUUAAGUCACAGAGAUUUGAAUCAAGGGAAUGAUUAUAUUAACGCCUCCUACGUGAAUACAAGUACUUCGAAUUAUAUUGCUUGUCAAGGUUCUCUAAAGCUGUCUCUUGAAGAUUUUUGGCAAAUGUCUUGGGAUCAUUUUGGAGACGUCGGAUCCAUCGUUAUGCUGGGCUCGUUCUAUGAAGCCGGUCGUGAAAUGUCUGUUCCUUAUUGGCCCCAGGACGGCGUCCACUCCAAGCAAACGUACGGCUCGUACACAGUGACACUUUUAGAGAAAAAAAGGAUUGAUGAUAGUGGUUGUAUACUAAGAAAGCUUGAUGUUCAAAGGGAAGGUUCAACUACCUCGAAAACUGUUAACCACUUUCAGUAUGAAAACUGGUCCGACUGUAAUUCCCCCGAAAAAAUAUCUUUAAUGAUUAAUUUCUUAAAGUUUGUCAAUUCGUAUGAGCAUACAGGACCUUUGGUUGUGCAUUGUUCUGCUGGAGUGGGUCGUACGGGAACGUUUAUUACUCUAGAUAGUCUUUUGCGAUAUCCUGAGGAAAGUUUCAAAAACUUUUCUUUCGGUAUGGAUGAUUCGGAGGACAUUAUAUUUCAAGAAAUCGAUCACAUACGGACUCAGCGCAUGAAAAUGGUCCAAAGUUUCAUCCAGUUUAAAUUUAUUUAUGACUUAAUUGAUCUCUUGAGGAGUAACAACACAAAAUUUCCAGUUUUAUCAAAACUGACUGUUUAAAUAUACGGUUUGCGGUUUUAAAACAAAAAUAAUGAUAUCCACCCAAGGUACCUCUAUCAGCUCUUACAUUUGGUUUAUCUUUGAAUGUUUACUUUUACCAUUUUGAAUGUUUGUGUGUGAAGGAGGUACUUAAUUAUACACUUUUUUGAUUUUUAUUGUCCUUUUCUUUUUUUUUAACGUUUUCUUUUUUAUAUGUAAAUUUUUUGACUUUAAUAUAAUGAUUGUAUUUUCA